AUGGAGGGGGGAAUUUAUUCCCCCGAUCCUGAAGAAUCAGCGAAGUUUCUAAACCUACUCAAUGAAGUAGGUUUAACGGGCGCUCAUUUGGCGGUGAGCCAUGGGAGCGAGGGCACGUUGGCCCGACAGCUGGCAGAUAGGUUGGGACUGGCACCAAAGCCUUGGCACCUGACGUUCAUCACGGGCCAAGUCAGGGAAGCCGUGCAGAUGGCGGACUUGGACGAUAGGUUGGCAGGCUCGUCAUCUUCGAGGGCUGUGCAGAACUUGUUGGAUGCCGGGGUGGCUCAGGAGAAGAAGAAGCAGGAGAAGGCCCUCGAGCCUAGCAUUGCUGCUGCGGCCAUCCCAGUGAUUCCAAAGAGGGGAACGCUGGGAAGGACGGUUAGACUGCGGAGUGGGCGAGUUGCUGCCGAGGACGAAGUGAAUGACAAGGUCUUGGACAAGUUGGUCGGUGAGUUGAUGGAGUACCGGGCCCCGGUGCUUGAGGAGGUGAAGAAAUCCAUGAACCCGACCAGGGCAAAGGAGGCUUUGCUAGGGAAGUACCGUAUUUCUACGGUCAGGCGGUACCUUGCUUCGUGGCAGCGAUUCCGAGAGUGGACAGACUCCAUGGGAAGAUCCGGGCAGAGGCCAACCAGUGUGAUGCUCGUGGACUACAUGUACGCGAGGGAAGAAGAAGGGAUGGGUCCAUCCAUCCCUUUGGCUGUGAGCGCGGCCGUUGCCUGGUUCGAACGGAUGGCAGGGACCCCAGAAGAAGAGCAGUUGAUGUCCCAAGCCUUUCCGCAGAUGGUGAUGAAGGAGUUGACGCGAAAGCUGGAGCAAAAGGCCCCCCCCCGUCAGGCGAGCGCCUCGCUGGAUGGGUUGCUUUGUGGCCCCCAUGGAGACAUUGGUGAUCGACGGGGCCAUGAGGCCUAUGUGCUGCAUGACGACUGGCUUGCAGUUGGUUUCGAUCUGGUGAAAUUGCAGAUGCCGCGUGACCGGACGUACGUCUUCCCCGAGGGCUGCUUUUAUGGAACGAGGUACGGGACGUCGCACGUCACCUAUGCCGAGGCAGUGGCUGGGAGUUCCAAGGCAUUGUCGCUGCUGGAGGGCUAUCAUGGCCGCCUUAUCCCCAGUGGGUGGGAAAGGUUCUGGUCGGAGCACAGCGAGAGGGCAACACUGCCGAGUGGCCUGGCAGCGCUGGGAGUGGAGAAGGCAAACAGGGAUCUCCUUGGCAGGUGGUGCCCGGAGGGUUCGGAUGUCUACGUUCGAACAUACAACACUAUAGUCAGGAAGAUGCAGAGGAAGCUCGUUGCAGUGCUGAGGGGCGAGACGGCCUAUGAGGAGUUGGACGAAGGUGCAAUCCUCGAGGAGCUCAAGGUCUGGCUUCAUGAGAAGUGGACGGUGCCUGAGGAUCAAGCCGGAAAAGCAGAAGAGGCCUGGAAGGAGAAGCUCGGUGUCAAGGACAGGCCGAGGCCAGUGCUGCAGGAGUCGGAUGAUGACACGACAAUCUAUGAUGGAUCCCAAAGUGAGAAGGAAGCUGAGAGCCUUCACCAAGGAGAGCAGAAGAAGAGGAGGCUGAAUGAGACACUGGACGAGGAGCGUGAGGGGAACUACGUCAUUGUGUACAGGAGAGCGGGCCGCGGUACAUUGCAUCGGCUCGGAGAAAAGGGCUGCUGGAUGGCAAAGAAGAGAGUCUUUGUAAGGUCAGAGAUCUACAAGGAGCUUCCAGAGCCGGAAGAGUAUAC